GAGGGGGAGUAAGAUCGUCGAGAACGCAGGAGAGGCGCAGUCAGACAGUCAGGCAGGCCGCCCGGCAAGCAAGCAAGGCAGCCAGUGCAACAGCCAAGACCACUAGAUCCGUUCGGCUUACCGACUUAGAGACUUAAGCCGGCAGGCAGUCCGAGAGGCUCAACUGGCUAAGCCUAGAGAGAGAACGAACCCGACCCACCGAACUCCAAGGCAACCAUCCACCACCUACUACUUAUACAUCUCGUCAUAGGCCAUCUCGACCUACCUUUUUCCUAUACACCUGAUAACAUUAGCUCUCCCUUGACCGCGUGUUAGCGUUAAGAGAGGAGAGAGUGAGGUUAAGCGCGUAACCUUAACCUCGUGUGUGGCGCGCUCCUUAACCUCAAUUUCAUUCCUCGAUUUUCAAAAGGGUGACAAUUUUUUCAAAUCAGAUCAAAAAAUUUGAUAAUAGUUUCCUUCUGUGUGUUUGAAUAUAUUAUAUUGUUCCAAAUUGUGGGAGGAUUUUGCGCGCUCUUGUGGGAGUUGAUAUUAGUCGCGAGGAGGGAAAAACACAGAGAGAGAAGACCCCCACACACGUGACGGUUUGUGAAGACUUGGUUUGUUUUAUCUACAUAUAGUUGUUUGAUGGCGAGGCAUCAGCACGUGUGUUCCUUUUGUUCGGUGAUUAAGACCCAAUGGUGACACAGUAAUCAUAUAUAUAUAGUGAUUGUUCAAUUGUGCCUCAUCGCGAAAUUUAUCAGUGCUUUGGAACUUAGCGAUUUUCGAUUAUGUGAAGUGUAUGCUCAAUAUUGAAACUCAUUGUGUUUUAAUUAUAUAGUGAUGAUCUGCUAAUUCUCCACUGUUUCUUAGUUGAAUUCUUUCUACUGGAAUCUGUUACUGAAAUCUGUUACAGAGAUCAGUUUCAAAAAUCUGUUAGGAUCUUUUACUGAAAUCUGCUACAAGAAUCUGUUACUAAAAUCUAUUACAGAAAUUGGUUUCAAAAAUCUGUUAGGAUCUUUUACUGAAAUCUGCUACAAGAAUCUGUUACAAGAGAAUUAAGGGUGAAAGAGUUAAUAGUUAACGAAAGCAAGAAGUACAUUUGAUAAUAUCAUCGUAAGAUUUUUGACAGAAGAGAGGGGUUACAAAAGGGUGAAUAUAAACCCAAAUGUUUGGAAUACAAAAGUAUUCUUAAGUGAAGAAAAGAAAGAAUCUGAAGGGUUGGAAGCGCAUUGUAGAACAUAUCAAUGAUAGAGGGUCUUUAAAUAUCAUAUAACAAGUGCAGGAACUUGGAAGAAUUGGAAUACACACGGAUUUAUUAGAAAAUAUAAACUGUAGCAUCGGAAAAUCUUACUAAUCCUAAAAAUUAUACGUAUAUAUAUACAAAGAUACAACAAAAUCGUACCAAAGCUUAAAAUUAUAUUAAAGUACAGGUAACAGUUGCGUAUAUACAAAGUGACAGCGAAUUUGUACCAAAUCUAAAAAUUAUGUACCAAAGUACGCGGAUAUAAAAAGAUACAGCAAAAUCGUACCAUAAAAAUUAUAUAUCAAAGUACCAAAGAUACAGCAAAAUCUAACCAAAACUAAAAUACCAAAGAGCUGCAAACGGCAAAUUCGUAUAAAAAAAAAAAAAAACCCCAAAAAUUAUAACCAACAGAAAUCCAUAUUUCUCAUACAAUACAACAUUGGAUUAGGAGAUCCAAUUGAUAAAUCCACAAUUUUAUAUAUUAUUAAUCUUGUGUUUGAAAUUUGGAAAAAAGAAAAAAAAUUUCUAAAACAUUAUGAUGAAUUGCAUUUUUCGAGUGUAAAUUAGUUUUGAGAAACGGAGGGAAAAAUUUUUCCAAACCGAUUUUUUGGUGAAGUGUUUGGAAUUGUCGGCACGACGUUAACGUUUUACAGUAUGGAGCGAGGCGAGGACGGGAGUAGCCUCGAUCUCGCCGGCGGAACUGGAGGCAAUGGAGAACUUUGCCUUCAGGAUUUGGUUGGUGGUUCAGCUCCUGGAUUGUCAAUUCAACAUCAGCAUGUCGCUGCCACAAUGGCUGGCCUUCAUCCUGAUCAUAUUCAAGGUGCAAUGCAACAUUUGAAUAUUCAAAAUAAUCAUCAUAAUACAUCAAUGUUGCACAGCACAAAUCAUCAGGGUCAUCCCGAUUCGUUGGAAAAGCUUAAACUUUGGACGCAAAGUGACUUUCGUGACGAUUCAAAUGGAAGCCUAGCCAGGCUUGAUUCCACGGGACAUGGUGGCCAUACUCCCGGUGGUAGCACACCAAGUACACCAGGUGCAACCCCAACGACACCCUCAGGUGGGUUUUCAACAGCUCAAUCAAGAAGUCGUACGAACAAUUCUCAAAGGCAGGAUAUUAGAAAAGGUGUCCGUGCACCAAUAGAAGUGAAACAAGAACUUGGAACUGGUGUUGGUGUCAAUGAUACGGAAGAUAAGGAUGGUAAAAAGAAUAAACGACAAAGGCGACAGAGGACGCACUUUACAUCACAACAAUUACAAGAAUUGGAAGGAACAUUUGCAAGAAAUCGGUAUCCGGAUAUGACGUGCAGGGAAGAAAUAGCCAUGUGGACAAAUCUCAGUGAAGCACGUGUCAGGGUGUGGUUCAAGAAUAGAAGAGCAAAAUUCAGGAAACGCGAACGUGUAAUGGGCUCAGCGGCGCAGCAUGAAUUUAGACAAGCACUUGGCACUGGAUCAUUAAAUAGUUUCAUACCGCCAUCAUUUCCCGAUCCCGAAUCACUUUACAACUAUAGUCCCUACAAUAAUUGGCCCAAGGUACCAUCGCCAUUGAAUACAAAAAGUUUCCCUUGGCCAGUGAAUACAUUAAGUUCCGUUGUACCACCGGCGUCACAUCAUCAUCAUCAUCAAGUGAAUCCAGUGAAUUGUUUCAAUACCGCAACAUCAUUGGCAGGUGGUCACGUUAGUGGAAUGUCAAUGUCUGUGGGACAAGCGGCAACAUCAAUAAUUCCAGGAAUGGGUUCAAGUUUAGGCGUUGCCAGUUCUCCCGUCGCUGCAACAGGAGCAACCUGUCCCUAUGGACCACCUACUGCAUCACAUCCCUAUGGACCGCCAGUUUAUAAUUCUCAUCAUAGAACAACAGCACCCACGGAACCCUAUACAACUAGUAUUGCAACAUUACGACGUAAGGCAAAAGAGCACAGCAGUGGCUAUUGUAAUAAUUUCAUCACUGGUGUUAGUAAUACCACAAAUACUGGCAGUAUAAGUCCAGUGAGUUCAAGAACAUCGUCUGGUGGUGGUUUGAGUGCCUGUCAAUAUGCUCUCACUAGUGGUACAACAAAUGCCCAUUCACCAGUACCCGAACACGCCAACACAACGGCUAGAGCUCAAGUUUGA